UAUAUUAUCGCGGAAGCCACGGAAUUGUAAUGAAGGCGUGGAAUUCGGUUCGUGAAAGUGCGAUUACAUCAAUUUUAGUAUGAAAUCUAACAUGAUUAACCCCCACAUUUGACGUGAUAAGCGAUACAUAGCAGUACUUUGUCAUGCGUCAUCGCCUCUUUAAACUAAAUGGAAUAACAACUCCCAAUCAAUCAAUGGCUUCUCUACCAUGAUCUGCAGCAAAGCACCCAUUCGGAGGCUCUUCGCCUCAGCCUCUCGGCUUGAAGCUUCAGAAACAUAUACUUUUCUGAGAAGACCUCACUCCUUUCCUAAGAGAUGCUUCCACGGCACACCUUCCCAUCUCACGGAUGGUGUAUUUCGCGGUCUUACGGAUGACCGUCUACCGAUGCCGUGGAUAGAAGCAUGGAGGCUCCAACAGGAAGGCAAGAAUAUCGCCUCCGAUGAAGCCCGGUCGCAAGAGCGCGAUCUCACGCCCAAGAAGAUGAGCGACAGCUACCAUCGAGUUGUGCUGCCACUCGGUCGUGACCCUUGGCUUAGUGAUACAUAUAUCAACUCGUCCGGUCACAUAAGGCUAGGCACGAUAUUCAUGGACCUCGAUGCUUUAUCCGGUAUCAUUGUCUACAAACACACCGGGCCCGGCGUCACCGUCGUGACCGCGGCCCUCGACCGCAUCACCAUCGCUCACCCGCUGACCGAGAUAUGCGAUCUCGAGUACAGCGGACAAGUGACCUACGCAUCCGGGCGAAGCAGCGUAGAAAUCACCUGCAAAGUAGCCCGAGCCCGCGACGAAGGCGAGCCCAGCAAGCCCGAAGACGUGCUCCUGACGUGCACCUUCACAAUGGUAGCCCUAGACCCCGUAACCAAGAAACCCGUCAACGUCCCGCGUCUCCUCGCCUCCACGCCCUCCGAAGAAGCGCUCUUCAAAGCCGGCGAAGCCAAAGCGCUCGCCAAGAAAAAGAACCUCAAAACCUCCCUGCUCGAGACCGAACCCAACGACCCGGAGUCCGCGCUAAUCCACAAGAUCUGGCUCAGACAGCUCGCUUAUCAUGAUCCUAACAAUAGCAUAAGGCAGCCGGCGAACGUGAUCGCCAUGUCGCGGACGCAGCUCUCGACGGCGUCGAUCAUGCAGCCGCAGUACCGAAACCGGCACCAGACCAUGAUCUUCGGCGGCUUCCACCUGAAGCAGACGUUCGAGCUGGCCUUCUGCUGCGCCGCGAGCUUCGCCGACGCGCGCCCGACUUUUAUUAGUGCCGACCCGUGUACCUUCCGCAACCCGGUCCCGGUCGGCAGCGUAUUGUAUCUCACGGCGACCGUCGUGUACACGGACCCUCCGCUGCUAGAGGAAGACGGCAGCGAGCCGCAGCAGAAGGAUCCGAAAAAUCCGAUGACGCGAUUGCAUGUUAGGGUCGAUAGUAAGGUUCGGGACGUUGAGCAUGGGAACGCGAGGCCGACGGGCCAGUUUAACUACACGUUCUUGGUGCCGAAGGAUGUUAAGGUCUUGCCUCACACAUACCAAGAGUACAUGAUGUAUAUUGACGCAAGGAGAAGAGUGCAGCUUGGAGAUGUACAGGAUCGCCGGGAGCACACUGGCGCCGAACUAUCAGCUGAGAACGUUAACCUUACCGAGUGAAACACGUCCUAUUUGGAGCACCGUUUCGAAGGAUAUGUGUAAAUGAUAUCAUUACAACGGCCAUUAAAUAAAGAGAAGAGCUAAGAGCGAUCGACUUUGACGCUUGAUUCUACCCCUUUGCAAUAAGAAUACCCGGCAACACUUC